CAUGCUGACCCAGACAAAUAUCAGUUUCUCGGUGCUUUUGAUAAUUGGACACUUGAAGAGGAGUUAACCCUGCUGAGUGCUGUAGAAUCUUCCGGUCUUGGCAAUUGGUUAGUCAAUGUUAAUAAAGUAUGGCCGGCUGCCAAAUCAGGUACGGCGGCCGAUACGUAUAGGAAGCUACGUCUCAGCCUUGUUGACAUUUAUAACCACUGCCUUCUCGAACGGCAACGCAGACAUGACCUCGUGGCUGGGUUUGGCCUGCUGCCUUCCGCUCUAGCUGUUCUCUUUCCUGAUUUGCCAUUGACCCCUUGCACAUCAUGCUGUCAAUCGUCUGGGCGAUCCCUUAGCCAAUCCGCUAACAACCUAUCUAAACCAAUCGUAUCAACGAAAAAGCCCCGUAAAUCCGCUUAUGGGCGGCGGAGAAAAAGGCUUUAUGGACUUGCUUUGCAAAGGAAACUUGCUUUCAAACAGAAACUAAGUCGAGCUGGCCAAAGGUUUACUCCCAUUUGCAAACCAUCCAAUAGUCUUGGUGCAAAUAAUAAAGAACUGAGUCUCGGUGAUGUCAAUACGUCAGCCAAGAGUGAAGUUGUUAACGGUUUAUCAACUCGCAAUGACCCUUUGCAACUCCGAAGUGGAAGCUUUUUAUCUCUUCAUAACCGUGGUAUUGUGUUGCGCUCUCCGACAGUCGUUCCAUCGUCUCCGGUCUAUUUAAUAUCCGAAAUAGAUAGUACAAAUCUACCCAAACUAAGCAGUUCGUGUUCAUCUACUCCCUCUUAUUGUGCUGCCGAGCUAAUUUCCAAGGUAUUGUCCUCCAAUAACACUAAAUGUGGUUAUUUCUCUUCCGCAAAUUCUGAUUUCAAAUUAGCGCAUAAUCAGGAGGGGUCGGAUGUUUCUCUUGCUUCAAUGGGUAUCAAUAUCUCAAAUCUAGCUAAAUCACAAAAUUCAAAUGUGAGGCCCCAACUUCAGCCUAGUGGUCUUACCUCUCGGACGAAUUUGGUUGAAAACCCUGAUGACCAAACACCUCUUGUUGAUCAGUCGCAACCUCAAAGCCAUUUCACUUCGUCUGACUCGGUUGAUUCCGGAGUUGGAUCCUGUGAAUCCUUUAUCGCAGCCACUCCAGUCACUUGUUCUACUGGAAAACUUCCUCCAGCUAUUAAAGAUAUGUCUCCUGGGUGUUCGUAUCGAACUUCGCCAUUAUCUGCAAGACGGCAGAAAAGCCUCCGACAUCCGCGGAAGAAACAUACACAAGCAGCUGAUACUGUCGACCAGUUUGCUGUUAGCUCGCUUACUUGUUCUCAUGGAAACACUUUAUCUGCUGAUCUUGAUUGCUCCCCACACGGGAGUCUCUAUUCUUCACCACGACCAUUAAAGGUUACAGACCACUCUUUAUCCAAAUUUCAUUACUCUAUGUCUGAGCAUUGUACCCAGGCUACUCACAGUUCAGCAUUCAUCGGAUUCGAUCCUUCCACUUAUACCUCACGAGUUGCCCGUUCUAGCCCUCAUUCUAACCUCUCUCGAAUAGCUGGUGGGCGAGAUCGCUGCUCCUUUGUCGCCUCUCCUUCGGUAACCUGUUCUGGCCACUCCACUACAUUUUAUACAUCUGCUCAUACCGCUAGUAAACCAAUCCACUGUGAUCUCUUGUAA